CCUGGAACACAUUUCAUGAACGAUGAAGAUUUUGGUAUUCCAAACAGAACUGGUCGUGCUUUGUUUAGCUUUGGUAACAGACGUCACAGGCAUAUGCCUGGUCGUCGAGCUAUUCUUGAAGUUCCACCAGAGGGUCUCGAUUAUGUUAUUGGUGAUCCUGUAGGUUACGGCUUUAAUUUUGGAACAAACGAUGAUAUAGAUAAUUCAGGAUUAUGGCGCAGUAACAGAACAUUACCAGACACUAAUGAUGAUGUUACCACUCACCCUCUACUUGUUAAUCGAUCUCCCACCGUUCCUUCUGUUGCUAGCGUUGAACUUACUAGGGGACGUACUGUUCGAAAUGGACCUUUGGGCGAUUGGACACAAUCAAUCGAAGAAUUAAUCGGUGGUGGUGCAGUUCAAUUAUUAGAACAAUUGUUAACUAGAAGUCGAGGUUUAGGACAUUCUUCUACAUAUAGACUUGAAUUAAAUACUGGGUCGUCAGGCUUAGUGAGCGGCAUUGAGGUUGAUCGUGUUUUUCCAAGAACAAUAUCUAGCGGACAAGAAAAUCAGAAUAUAACACCACCAAGUGAUCCUAUUACAGCAGUUCAAGAAUUUAAACCUCAUUCAACCGGGCAACGAUGGUACGAUGAGGCACGCAUGAUGUAUGGAACUGAACAAUCAAUGUCUGACACAAUAACCAAUAAUGAUGAAAUAAUUGAAGUAACUGAAGUUACCGAAGUAAUUGAACUUAUUGAUCCUAUGCAAGAAGAUGCGCCAAUAAUCGAACAAGAGCAAGAACAUUCAGGGGAAUCUAUAGAGAUGGAAGAUGAACCUGCUCCAGUUACUAGUGAUCUUAAUAUGGAGGAAGGACCAUCGGUAGUUCCAGAUACUAGCCAGUCUCAAGAGGCAACUGAAGAUACAGUUGAAGGCUCAAGUGAAGGUCAAUCAACAAGGACUACAGUUAUGGUUAACGGUCGUCCUGUGGACAUUACUGGUACUGGUAUAGACCCAACCUUUCUCGAAGCAUUACCAGACGAUCUUAGAGAGGAGGUACUUAAUCAAAAUUUGCCGCCAGAAAGGCGGAAUAGGCCACCAGUUACUAGUGGAACUGGUGAUGCUAUUAGCCCUGAAUUUCUUGCUGCUCUUCCAGAUGACCUCAGGGAAGAAAUAAUUCAACAAGAAGAAGCAUUUGAAGAAAGAAUGAUUCGUCAACGGACUUCGGAACCUGCUGCUGUUGACAUGGACACUGCAAGUUUUUUCGCUUCUUUAGAUCCACAAUUACGACAAACAGUUCUUCUUGAACAGGACGAAAUGGUGCUAGCGUCAUUGCCACCAGCGAUAGUUGCAGAAGCCAAUGCAUUACGUGAAAGAGCUAGUCGUCGAUAUACAAAUGCAGUACGAUCAAGGACAUUAACUGCACCUCAGAUUCAAGUUUCCAAAAAACCUUCGAUCCAACGUGAUGCGGUAAAACUUGUUGAUACCUCUGGACUGGCUACUUUAGUUCGACUAUUGUUCCUUCCUCAACCGUUAGGAAAUAAAAACUUGUUGCACAAAUUAUUACUUAAUCUUUGUGAGAAUUGCAAGACACGCGGUGAAUUAAUUUCUAUGUUGUUAUCUGUUCUUUUUGAUGGUAGCGGAGACGUUUCCGCGGUCGAUAAAAGUUUUGCGCAAAUGUCUUUAAAAGCUAAAGGAACGCUGAAGGGAACACCAAGAAGACAGUCAAGCCUUCCAAAUUCAUCAUUAGCACAAAUAACUCAAGCUGCCGGAGAAAAUGUGCCCAAUUUAAUUGCACAGAGAUGUUUAGAAGCAUUAACAUAUAUUGUAACAUAUAAUGAAGCUUCAGUUACGUAUUUCUUGAUGGAACACGAUAAUAACAUCGGUCUUAAAAGAUCUAACAGCCGAAAAGGCAAAGAGAAACAAGCAAAGACACUAAGCAAAUAUCCAGUAGUGAUAUUACUAAGUUUACUUGAUCGUCAAGUGUUUAUUAAAAAUACUGCUUUAAUGGAUCAGUUAAUGCAUUUACUUUCGUUCGUUUUGCGUCCUUUAUCUACAUUGACAAAGAAAGAUUCUAACAAUACUGCUGGAGAUUCCGGUGGACAAUCGAAUGACAAUAGCAAUGGCCCUGUGACACAAAGCACUAGUACUGAGAAUCAUUCUGCUCCAGAGACAAAUAAUGAUCCGCCACAGAAUAACGUAAACUCAGAGACCAACAAUAAUUUACCUUCAAGAGCUUCUGCAAGCGAAGUUUCUCGUAAUCAAACGACAACUUCGACGUCUUCAGAAACAGCGCAACCUAUUCUUAAACCUCCAGUUAUACCCGAUUAUUGUUUGCGCCUUGUAGUUAAUGUUCUUACUGCUGGCGAAUGUACAAGUAAUACUUUUAAAUAUACACUUUCAGUUAUUCAACAUCUUUCAACUUUAAGUGGAGCCCGUGAUGUUAUUACAUCAGAAUUAGUUGAUCGAGCUCAAUCACUUGGAAAUGAUAUACUUGAUGAUCUGGAUGAAUUGGCUCAAAUUUUACAAGAUGCGGACACUGGCGUUGAUGUACAGGGUGUCACUUUAGCCAAAUUUUCACCAUCAUCAUCACAACAAGCAAAAUUGUUACGUGUUCUCAAAACCAUCGAUUAUAUGUAUUCUCGCAAGCAACAAUCAACAACUAAUACUUCAACAAACGCUCAAGUGUCAUUGGCUCCCACGGUAGAUCCGGAUGAAGUUGAUGUUGUGGCACCAAGAACGUUAUUGGAUGGUGGCAGAGGCUCUAAACUGACCGAAGAUGAAGAAAAAGUUAUGAGAAUUUACGAUAGUCUUAAUUUCACAGAACUUUGGAAAAAACUCGGCAGAUGUUUGACCACCAUACAUGAAAAACCUGACAUGAUUCACGUGGCAACCGUUCUCUUACCACUCAUAGAGUCACUUAUGGUUGUAUGUAAAUAUGUGGGAAUGGCACCUUCUAAUCAAAAGGCAGCAUCGUCCGAAUCACAAGCAACCUCGGAAAGUAUGGAAGAACUAUUCUUCACGUUCACUGAAGAUCAUCGAAAGAUUCUUAAUACGAUGGUCCGAAACAAUCCAUCAUUAAUGAGUGGAUCUUUCUCAUUACUUGUACAUAAUCCAAAGAUUCUUGAAUUUGACAACAAACGAAACUAUUUCAACCAACAACUUCAUAAACGUACAAACACUCGUGAUCAUUAUGGCACUUUACAACUUAAUGUUCGUAGACAGUACGUAUUUGAAGAUUCCUACCAAAACUUGCAAAGAAGAACAGGAGACGAAAUCAAAUAUGGUAAACUUAGUGUUCGUUUCUACGAGGAAGAAGGUGUAGAUGCUGGUGGAGUGACGAGGGAAUGGUUCCAAGUUCUCGCUAGACAAAUGUUUAAUGAAAAUUAUGCAUUGUUUAAGACUUCGGCAGCAGAUAGAUUAACAUACCAGCCAAAUAGAGCAUCAGGUGCAAAUCCAGAACAUUUAUUAUUCUUUAAGUUUGUUGGUCGUGUUAUUGGCAAAGCCAUUUAUGACGGCAGACUUUUGGAUGCUUAUUUUACUCGUUCAUUCUAUAAACAUAUUCUUGGUAAACCUGUUGACUACCGAGAUGUCGAAGCCAUUGACCUGGAGUAUUACAAUAGUCUUGUAUGGAUGUUGAAUAACGAUAUAACUAAUGUUGUUGAAUUAACAUUUAGUGUUGUAACUAAUGAUUUUGGUGAGGAGAAAAUUAUUGAUUUGAAACCUAAUGGUAGAAACAUUUCAGUGACUGAUGAAAAUAAGCGAGAGUAUGUUAUGCUUGUUAUUGUUAUUGCCAUUAACAUUGUCCUGGUUACCAUCAGAUUGC